GAGCGAGUUAAAGUGGCUGCUGGCUCGACAACGCCAGAGCGGCGACAUCUGAUGCGCGGGAAGCACCGGGAACAACAGCACAGUUUCAGAGUCCAGCUUGAUCGACUUGUUGCAAAGCAGCAGGUUUGGGGCUGGUUUGGACUGAAGGGACAUGUUAGAGGCAAGGGUUUCCCUGAUGGCCCCUAUCUCGAAUCGCCUCCACGAAGUACCAUGUUCUCCAUCGGUGCUAGGUAGGUCGUCUGGGUUCACCAACCCAACACGGUGGGCGAGCAGGGUGGAACGACGACACCCCUGAGCUGGUCGAUGUGAUCACUCGUCACAGAAAAGAUAAGUCGUCUCCGGUGAAAUCAGUCAGUCAC